UUGCCACCUCUAUCUGUCAAUUGCCGGAUUCAAUUUAUUUGCAAAUCUAGGCAUUUGCGAUUUCUCGCCAAUAAUUUAUUAUGAAUUCUUUCUAAAUUUCAUUUCAAAACGAAGCCAAGGAAGUAAAACAACAAACACAACAUGGGUAUUUUGGAUAAAAUCGCUGAAAUCGAGAGAGAAAUCGCUCGCACACAAAAGAACAAAGCUACUGAAUACCAUUUGGGGUUACUAAAGGCCAAAUUAGCCAAAUAUCGUUCGCAAUUGUUGGAACCAGCCAAGAAGGGUGAAAAAGGUGAAGGUUUCGAUGUCUUGAAGAGUGGCGAUGCAAGAGUCGCAUUGAUUGGUUUCCCAUCCGUGGGUAAAUCUACUCUGCUAUCGACGCUGACCAAAACUGAGUCCGAAGCUGCCAAUUAUGAGUUCACAACGCUGACAUGUAUUCCCGGUGUCAUUGAAUAUAAGGGAGCUAAUAUUCAAUUGUUGGAUUUGCCUGGUAUCAUUGAAGGUGCCGCUCAGGGUAAAGGUAGAGGUCGUCAAGUUAUUGCUGUUGCCCGUACAGCUGAUUUGGUUGUUAUGAUGUUGGAUGCCACCAAACCGAAUGUACAUCGCGACUUGCUGGAACGUGAAUUGGAAUCUGUGGGAAUACGUCUGAAUAAACGAAAACCCAACAUUUACUUUAAACAAAAGAAAGGUGGCGGCCUGAGUUUCAAUUCGACAUGCACCCUUACCAAAUGUAACGAGAAAAUGGUCCAAAUGAUAUUACACUCAUUUAAGAUAUUCAAUGCUGAGGUUUUGUUCCGUGAAGACUGUACCACAGAUGAAUUUAUUGAUGUUGUGACAGCGAAUCGUGUCUAUUUACCAUGUCUAUAUGUCUACAAUAAAAUCGAUCAAAUCUCUAUCGAAGAAGUGGAUCGUUUGGCGCGGCAACCCCAUUCCAUUGUGGUUAGUUGUAAUAUGAAAUUGAAUUUAGACUAUCUGUUGGAGGCAUUGUGGGAUGCGUUGCAGCUAAUUCGAGUAUAUACCAAGAAACCAGGUGCACCACCAGAUUUCGAUGAUGGUUUGAUUUUGAGAAAGGGUGUCAGUGUCGAGUAUGUCUGUCAUGCCAUUCAUCGUACUUUGGCUGCCCAAUUCAAAUAUGCCUUAGUCUGGGGUACUUCCACAAAGUAUUCACCACAACGUGUUGGCAUUGGUCACAUUAUGGCCGAUGAAGAUGUUAUACAAAUUGUUAAGAAAUGAUAAAUACGUUUAACGUCUAUUUACUCAUUUAUUGGCGCUUCUUUCUUAAACAACAAAUCAACACAAAACGAAACAUGGUCAUUGAUUUAUUUUAUACGUUUGAAACUUUUUAUUUUUUACAAUUGCCUUUUGUUGGUUGGGUCCAUUAUAAUCGAGCCACAUUUAGUUUAAAUGUCAAACGUUUUCCAUAAUGUCCAUAACGCUUUCGAAAAAAAACUUGAUUUUUAUAUAAUGAAAAAAGAUAUUGAAAGUUAAAUUAUCGACAUUAUAAGAUGCUGGGCUGACAUAAUAAGCGAACUUAUAAACAAUUUAGUACUCAAGGAACUGCUAAAAUAAAGAGAAUGAAAAAAAUGUUACAAUAAAA